AUGGAUGUUAUUGCUGUUGCAGCAGCUGUGGUUGUUUUUGCUAUUCCUGUCAAUGGUGAUGAUGAAGGAGCUGAUAGUGGAGAUGUUGACGUAAAACUUGCAUGUGUUGAACUUGAUGGCAGAUUGCUUGAUAUGGGUACACGAGGGGAAGCUCCCGCGGUAACCGUGAGAGUAGUGGUAACAGAAACAAAACUGAUGGAUUCGGCCCUUGCCGACAGUUUUUUAACAGGCGAAGGCUGCGGGCAGGAUGAAGUUGUCGAUGAACGGAGUGAGCUCAUGUCUGUGUCCGUGGUGUACUUAGAUAUAUGA